GCCCGGGGGCGGGGUGGGAGUGAGGGGCCUGCAGCGGGACUGGCCCUUUAAGGGGGUGUGGUCGGGGGGCGGGGAAGCGAGUGAGACAGAGAAAGCGGCUUCGGCGGCGGCGGCGGCGGCGGCGGCGGCGGCUCGGGCGGCGGCCGCGGGGGACAAAGGGCGGGCGGAUCGGCGGGGAGGGGGCGGGGCGCGGCCAGGCCAGGCCCGGGGGCUCCGCAUGCUGCAGCUGCCCCCGGGCGCCCCCGCCGCCGCCCGCCGCGGAGCAGCGCGGAGCCCAGCCCGCGAGUUAACCCGAGCCAGCGGCCCGGAGCCAGCCGGCGGGCGUCCCGGAGGCGGCGGCGCAGGGAGGGGCCCGACGGCGCACGUGGCCCCGGCGGCCGCCAUGGCGGACAGCGGCCCCGCGGGGGGCGCGGCGUUGGCAGCCCCGGCCCCUGGGCCGGGCAGUGGUGGCCCAGGGCCCCGCGUCUACUUUCAGAGCCCCCCUGGGGCUGCAGGCGAGGGCCCAGGCGGCGCGGACGACGAGGGCCCAGUGAGGCGCCAAGGGAAGGUCACGGUCAAGUACGACCGCAAGGAGCUACGGAAGCGCCUCAACCUGGAGGAGUGGAUCUUGGAGCAGCUCACUCGCCUCUACGACUGCCAGGAAGAGGAAAUACCAGAGUUGGAGAUUGAUGUGGAUGAACUCCUGGACAUGGAAAGUGAUGAUACCCGGGCUGCCAGGGUCAAGGAGCUGCUGGUUGACUGUUACAAACCCACUGAGGCCUUCAUCUCUGGCCUGCUGGACAAGAUCCGGGGCAUGCAGAAGCUGAGCACACCCCAGAAGAAGUAAGGGUCCUCGACCCACAUGAAUGGUGGCUCCCACAGGACAAUCGCUGCCCCCCGACCUCGUAGCAACAGCAAUACCGGGGGGCCCUGCGGCCAGGCCUGGCGCCAUGAGCAGGGCCCCCCGUGCCCCUGGCCCAGGGGCCUCUUCCCUGCCCCCUCAGUUUUCCAUUUUGGGGUUUUUUAUUGUUAUUAAACUGAUGGGACUUUUUGUGUUUUUAUAUUGAUUCUGCGGCACGGCCCUUUAAUAAAGCUAGGAUAUGCCUUUGGUGCA